UGCACACUUUUCAAUCGAGCUCCCCCAUGUUACGAGCACCGGGUCGCAACAUGUCACGACUCGCGGUCCUACAUCGUCUCGGCACCUGGUUUCGGACCAAGCAUAGAGCUCUGAAAUCAAGCGCUAUUGAGCAGCCUUCAAUUGACCCAACUGUCCCGGCGGACCAAGCCAGGAAGUCGCGGCUUGACAUUCCGCCUACCGUCGAUACCCCCAUGACUCGCUCGAUCAUGCACAAGCGGGAUGACCCUGAAACCGCUUCCACCAGCCCGACCCUCAUCAACUCUCUACCUCUGAUCAAGGCUGUUUCUCAUGGAGUCGAGGAAGCUGUGGACAAAGAAAAGGCUAUGCAAGAGAUCGAGGCCGAGCGGGGUGAAUAUCCAGGCGACGAAGGGGAUGGGGGGGAGAAGGAGCCGGACGUAUACGAUAGGUUUCCAAAGAGUAAGAAGAGGAUAAUCUUGUUCAUCGUUUCCUACGCUGCAUUCCUCGGUCCCGUAACCUCAUCAUGCUUCAUGCCUUCCAUACCUCAAAUCGCCUCCGAUCUCUCCACGUCCGAGGUCGUGAUAGGUUACACCGUCGCCAUCUUCAUCUUCACCAUCGGUGCCGCUCCAUUGGUCUGGUCCACCCUGAGCGGGUUUUACGGCCGAAGGGUGAUUUACCUUUGGAGCAUCCCUAUCUACGUUGCGAGUAGCAUCGGGGUGGCGAGGUGUAACUCGGUAGGGGCUUUGAUCGGGACAAGAGUGUUGCAAGCGAUAGGCUCCUCCGCGGUCCUAGCAGUAGGGUCGGGCAGUAUCGGGGACAUCUACCGCCCCAUCGAGAGAGCGAGAGCCAUGUCCGGUUUCUACGCUGGAGUCGUGUUAGGCCCGGCUCUUUCGCCGAUCAUCGCCGGACUGUUCCAAGAGUAUACAGCUCAAACAUGGCGUUCCAUGCAGUACUGCCUGACUGGCUUCGGAGCCCUCGCACUCGUUCUCAUCUAUUUUUUCCUUCCCGAGACUUGGCAUGGCGAGACCCCGCAUGCCAAGGCUUGCAGAGAAAAGGGGAAGAAGUUUAUCAUACAUCGCUUCAAUCCAUUGAGCAGUGUCGCGCUACUGAGAUGGCCGAAUGUGGCUUGUAUUUCUUUCAACUCGUCGGCGGUCAUGAUCUGUACAUACGCGGUGAUGGUACCUCUGAGUACAAUCUUUAAACGAAGGUAUCGACUCGACAACGCCGCCAUCCUAGGUGCACUCUAUUUAGCACCCGGUAUGGGCAACCUCGUCGGAUCCCGAAUCGCGGGAAUCCACGCCGACCACACGGUCAGGAAAUGGCUGGACAAGCGGGGGUUCCGUCGACCGGAAGAUCGCCUGUAUGCGACGCUUCUGGGCGCGCUGUUUGUCAUGCCCGCUAGUUUACUCAUCGCUGGAUGGUUGAUCCAAACGGGUGCUGGGGGUAUGGGACCCCCUUUGGUUUUCUUGUUCUUCAAUGGAGUCGGUUUAAUGCAGGUUUUGACACCAUCGAACGUCUACCUCGUCGAUGCUAGCCAGACGAGGAGCGCGGAAGCCAUUGCGAUCAAUAAUUUCGUAAGGUAUACGUUUGCAGCGGGGGCAUCAGCAGGAGCGUUGCCCUGCAUCAACGCGAUCGGUACCGGAUGGACGAAUACGAUAGCCGCUAUAAUAGGAUACAUAGGAGCCGGACUCAUCUUGCUGACCCUGCGCUAUGGGGACAAUUGGCGCCAGUCCGCGAACGAGAGGUACGGGAUAACAUACAAGGAGGCUGAUGAGUGUCAAAAGGCAUCGGAAGAGAACAAAUAAGGCGCUGUACGAUUCUCGGUUGGAAAGGGGGUGUAAUAACAUGGACUGUAUCCAUAAAUUCGACUCCUAGUGUUUGAAAU